AUGCCAGUCACCCUCCCACUCGAACUUGCGCUCCAGGUCGUUGAGCGCGCCCUCCCUCGCCGCCUCGACGAGAGCAGGUCCGAGCACCUCGCACGCCUCAGGCGUAUCGGCCUCGUCUGCAAGGCUUUCAACGAGGCUGUCCGGGAUUCGUUGCGCACGGUCAAGGUUACGUUCCGCAGGAGAGGCGCUCCGGCGUCGGCGAAGCGCUUGAAGAAGGCUGAGGCGGAGGGGCGUCCGGUCGAGGUUGUCGUCGUUUCUGGCGAGCACGACGAUCCUUGCGAAUACCUUUGGAUGCACGGCAAAACCAUUGUCUCGAUCACGUACAUCGGCGAGCCUGACUUCGCGUACGGCGCUGGCGACUUCGGCGCCAAGGACUUCCCAGGUGCUUUUGCCUCGCCUCUAUUGCCCGUCCGGAGCUGA